AUGGAUCAGUUAAGGGACGAUCUUAUCCAGAUGAGAACUCAGGUUACUGCUCAGAUGGCUCAGUUCAUGGAAGUCAUGCAAAACAUGGCUGAUCGCCAAGAAGAACUCAGAAUCAGGAUGGACACAGUUGCUCAGGUUGUUGCGGACCCCCCGCAAAGAAAUCCUGCUGAUAUUCGUGUCAAUGGUGAACCUGUGAUCGGAGGACCUGGUGUAAUUCCUCCUGUUGCUAAUCAAGGUAAUCCCCGUGGGCCUCCCCAGCCUACUCUUGAAGGACAGACCACACAACAAAUCAGAAGGGCUGCUGCUAUCCCCGUGUUGGAAGAGGACCGACACGAGGAUUUGUUUCCUGAAAGUGAAUGGGGAUUUCCACAGGAUGCUGGAAGGAUGUUUAGAGGUCUGGAGGAAAGGAUGAGGGCAAUGGAAGGCCAAGGAUUGGGUAUAGAUAUCAAUGACUUGGGUUUAGUUCCUGACGUCCGUGUGCCACCGAAAUUCAAGGUACCCGACUUCGAGAAAUACAAGGGGAACACUUGUCCUAAGACACAUGUCCGAGCUUACUAUCGCAAAAUGCAUGUGUACUCUGAGGAUGAAGGAUUGUUGAUGCACUUCUUCCAAGAUAGCCUGACUGGGGCAUCCUUGGAAUGGUAUAUGAGAUUGGAGAGAGCUAAUAUCCGAAGUUGGAGGGACCUAGUUGAUGCUUUCAUAAAGCAGUAUCAGUAUAACGUUGACAUGGCACCAAAUCGCACUCAGUUACAGAAUCUAGCCCAGAAAGCUAAUGAGUCCUUCAAAGAAUAUGCGCAAAAAUGGCGCGAGUUGGCGGCUAGGGUCCAGCCACCAAUGUUGGAAAGAGAGAUGAUGGACUUGUUCACCAACACUCUGGAGGGCCAAUAUUACUCCGCCUGCUCUGCAUCCUCAAGUUUUGCCGAGUUGGUUAUGAUUGGUGAGCGAAUUGAAAGUGGAAUUAAGGCUGGUAGAAUACAUAAUCCAAGUGCUGCUAGUUCCUCUUCUGGGGCAGGAGGGAAGAAACCAUAUAACGGAUUUGCUAAGAAGAGAGAAGGUGAAACGAGUGCUGCUUACUAUGGUAAAGGUAAAGGCCAUGUUUAUCAACAGGUAGCCGUUGUGACCAUACCGAGUACUCCUCUUCAGCAACAACCACCGCAACAGCAGAGGCAUCCCCCACGUCAGUAUCAGCAAAAGUCGAGGCCACCAAGAAUUUUUGAUCCCAUACCUAUGACAUAUGCACAAUUACUCGCUCAUCUCUUACAUGGGGACUUGGUGCAACUUCGUACCAUAGGCCCUCCGCCUGCUAAGCUUCCUCCUAACUAUGAUGCUAAUGCCCACUGUGAGUUUCAUUCUGGGGCUGCUGGUCACGAUAUUGAACAUUGCAUAGGAUUCAUGCAUAAAGUACAGGAUCUGCUUGAUUCAAAAGCUAUUGAGUUCACCCCUACUCAAGGACCUAACGUUGUACAGAACCCUAUGCCUUCCCAUGGAACUCAUGCCGCAAAUGCCAUCGAUAUUGUUGAAGACAUUUACUUGGUCAAGGAUGUUAUCGAAUUGGGAUCGUUGUUACCAUUAUUGAAGAAGGAAUUAUUGAGGAUGAGACUAUACGCUGGUUGUGGAGAAUUCUGUACUGAUUGUAUGGUCACCUCCUCAGUUUGUGACAAGGUGAAAGAUGGGAUUCAACAGUUGAUAGAUAGUGGAGCGCAGCCUUUGGUCAUCACGUUGCCUGGUCCCAUCCCAUAUACUAGUGAGAAAGCAAUCCCAUGGAACUAUGGCGGAGAAGUUUUCUACCAAGGGGCUAAGUACGAGAUUAAAGCACCGGUUGAGAAAGAAGAUGUUGAUAAUGUUGUUGGCAUUGGAAGAAUGACAAGAAGUGGUCGUAUUUUCAAUCCUCCCCAGAAUACUCGCGAUGACAAUGCAGAAGCUCUAGCUCAAGCAAAAGGGAAAAGAGUGGUAGAAGAUACGGUGGAUCCGGGGCAAAGCUCUAACUCUAAAGAUACUGUGGCCAAAGAGAUGGAAGAGUUCCUAAAGAUCAUCAAGAAAAGUGAGUAUAAAGUGGUUGACCAACUGAGUCAAACUCAAUCAAAGAUUUCGAUCUUGCAGUUGCUCUUGUGUUCGGAGACACAUCGAAACGCUUUGUUGAGACUUUUAAGUACUGCUUUCGUCCCUCCAGAGAUCUCAGUGAAUCAACUUGAAGGGGUGGUGUCAAACAUCAAUGCUGGUAAUGGAUUGGGAUUCACUGAUGCAGACUUGCCCUCCGAAGGUAGAAACCACAAUAGAGCUUUGCAUAUAUCAGUGGAAUGUAAAGGGACUAUGUUAUCUCGUGUUCUCGUGGAUAAUGGAUCUUCUCUGAAUGUAUUACCGAAGUCGUCUUUGAUGAGGCUAGAUUAUUCUGGUGUCGGGAUAAGGCCGAGUGAAUUGACAGUGAGAGCCUUUGAUGGGUCAAAGAGAUCAGUAUUUGGGGAGGUUGACUUGCCAAUAAUGAUAGGCCCUCAACUUUUCACUAUUACCUUCUUUGUGAUGGAUAUCCACCCGUCUUACAGUUGUCUCCUGGGACGUCCAUGGAUCCAUGCUGCUGGGGCCGUGACUUCCACAUUGCAUCAGAAACUCAAAUUCGCGACGCAAGGAAAGAUAGUCACAAUAUGUGGGGAGGAAGAACACGUGGUAAGCCAUCUUGCGUCCUUCAGGUAUAUUGAUGUGGAAGGAGAGGUCCACGAGACGCCUUGCCAAGCCUUUGAGGCUGUCCAGACUAUCAAGAUCCCUUAUGUUGACAAUAAGAAGUUGGAAGCUCCCAUGUCUUCACUAAAGGAAGCUAAAGCUGUGGUUGAAUCAGGUCAUCCUGAAGGAUGGGGCCGAGUCUUAGAUCUACCAAUCAAGCAGGAUAAAUGUGGGAUUGGAUAUCAGUUGGGUCAGAGUUCAUCUAAUGAGGCCUCCAAGAAGCCCGGAACCUUCGUUCCGAUCAAGUUCUCUAGUGCUGGCAUCGUCAAGGAUCAUAUUUGCGCUGCUGAUGAUGAUAUGGAUAUCAAAUGGGACAAUGAAGCGCCGUCAAUUGUGAUCAAAAGGUUGGAUGAACCUGCAUUCUGUGGCGUCAUUGAUAAUGUGCCUGAUGAGAAACCAUGGUUUUAUGACAUUAAGAAAUUUCUGGAAACCCAAGAGUAUCCUGAGGGUGCUUCCUUUACAGAUAGGAAAACUUUGAAGAGACUGUCUGCCAAGUUCUUCAUUGCUGGAGGAAUCUCCGAUCAUUCAGCACAGUCAGAUGCUAGUACCUACGCUUCAAGAAGUAUCAACCAAACAUCUCUGUCGAUAUGGAACCCAAAGGUCUCCUUUCCUUCAAAUACCAGAGUUUAUUUCUCUGGAGAGCUCUCAUCCAGGGCUCAAAAGCUCCGCAGUGUUGAUUAG